CAUGUACAGGACAUAUAAUAUUACCUAGCUAAAUUAACAAUUGAGAGCUAACUUAGAGAGUCUUACGAAAAAACUUGAAAGGACGAAAGAUAUGUUUUCGAGUAGGGAAAAGAAAAGGGACGCUAACGAGCAUCGGAAAGCGCGGAGGAGAGCGGUAACGCUACAGUCCCACCACCGAGCGACUUUAGCGGGUCUUUUCGAAUCCCUUAAAAAUGUUGUGUGUCCUACAACUCAAAAAACUCCUGCUAAGUGGAAGAUCCUUGAUCACGCCAAGGGAUUUCUGCUUGAGAAGGAAGCUUACCUCAGCAAAUUACUUGCACUGAAGGAAGUUGUUCUGAAUGAUAAUGAAGGGCCCAAGACUUUGGAAGAGGUGCGAGAAGAAUACAGGAAACUCUAUUCAAAAUGCUAUAGAGCACAUGUGCCUCAUGUGGAUGAGGGUUCAGAUAGCAGUGAGGAUAAUGAAGAAAUGGAUGAGUCGCCACAGUCAACUGGUCUGUCUGUCCCCAACUUUCAGGAGUUUGAGGGGUAUCUCUGUUUCUAUAGGCAGACUCUUGAACUCCUCCUACACAGCAGGGUCCUUGCUUCAUACCAGACUAGCCUGCCUGUUGUCUCUCAGGCAAUCUCAGGCUUAUGGAAUAUCCUUCCUCCUGAACAAAAGACUGCAGUCCAGCGGCACACACUGGAUGAGGGCUCUGUCCCUAGGGCAAGGCCAGCUGAUAAACCCUCCUUUAGCCCAGUCGACUCCUCCCAGCUCGCCAGCGUAAACACAUAUGGAACUUCUGCUUUUGAGGCAGAUCUACUCCAGGAUGUCUAUGAUGUGGUGCAGAGAGACAUGGAUGCCACUUCUGCAAACAGGUCUGCACUCCUGCCAUUACAGAGUGAUGACUAUAAGAGGCUGAGGGAGAUCUACAAGGACAUCAAGGGCUUCGUCCAGAGCCACACAUCUCAGGAGGAGGAGCUCAGCCAGGAUUGGUACCCAGGUGUUGAAAAUGAAGAGCUUUUCCUGAGGUGUUCAGAAAGCUUUGAUGAAGACUUUUAGUCUGCCUUUGUAGCUGUCAGAUUUCAUUUUUUUACACACUAAAUUUUUUUGCUGUUUAAACUGCAUUUUCAGAAAGUUCAUAAAACUUGUUUCUUCUUUCAAAAUAUUUUGUUCAGACCAUGUUUGUUGUUUAAUGAUGAUGUUGUGGUCAU